AGCAUUUAGGGACAACAGCUAUCCGCUAAAAUGGUUAGCGCACAGGUAUCUGCUGUCUCUGCGGCUCUCAUUGAGUCAUUAGAAAUCAUGGUAUAUUUUCAUGUGCAUCUCUAAUAGCUUUUCAGAAAUAGAUCAAAAUGUUUAAAAAAGCAAAGAAGUGUAACUUGAGGAGGAGGAAUGAAUCCGAUGACGACGAGAAAGAAGACGUCCAGCAGCAACAGCAACAGCAGCAGCAGCAGCAGCAGCCGCCGCCGCUGCCGCAGCCUAUGGAAGGGCAGCCAUGCGGGCCUGUGGCAGAAGAAGGCUUAGACCGGGAGGCAAAUUUGAACACUCCAGAGACAUUUAACGUUACAAGUGUCGCUUUGGACAUACAAAAUGGAAAUGGAUUUCAAACUUCUAAAGCAUCUAAAGAGAAAAAGCGGGCCAAGGAUAACCGUGAAGCUCCGAAAGCAAGUUUGUUGAGCUUUCAAGAUGAUGAAGAUGACACCGAGGUAUUUCGAGUGAAGAAAUCCAACCAUAGUAAGAAGAUUGUGAAGCAGCUGAAGAAGGAAUACAAGGAGGACUUGGUGAAGAGCGGUCAUGUUUUACCUGAGCCUGUUACAAGCACUGAUGCGGCUUCUGCGCAUAUUCCUCUCCUCACACCUAAAGAGGAGCCAGGCUUGGAAGGCAGUCGGGCCAGCAGUGAGCAAGGAGAGGAGGAGAUGGAGGUGGACAGCAACGAUGAGCAGGACGGCGAGGGCGACACAAAGGCCGGUGGUGGAGCCUCAUUCCAGACCCUGUCGACACUCAGCUCUCUGAGACCAGGUGAGAUCCCAGAUGCGGCUUUCAUCCACGCAGCGCGGAAGCGGCGCCAGUUGGCGCGGGAGCUGGGUGGAGACCCACCGCUGGUGGACCCGGACGCUUCCAAAAAGCGGCUGGUGCACGAGGACGAGCAGGGUGGCAGCGACGAUGACGAGGACGAGAAGAGGAUCGUCUUCAGCGGCGUCAAGCAGAAGACCCAGCGGCAGAAAAUCGCAGAGGAGAUCGGUAUUGAAGGCAGUGACGACGAAGCCUUGGACACAAGUGGCCAGGAUGAGGAAGUGAACCGCUGGGAGCAGGAGCAGAUCAGGAAGGGCAUCAGCAUCCCACAGGUCCUAUCCAGCCAACCUGAGGAUACAAACUUUUACUACCAAAGCAAUUUUGAGACCCAGCCCUAUGGGUCGUCCUACAACAUGCCUUACACAUACACACCUCAAGUUGAGAAGGCACCAAAAACCAAGGACUCUGUAAACUAUUCUGUCCCCAGUAACGAACUUAUCCCAAUUACCACAGAUCUGGUAAAGAAACGCCUUAAAGACAGGCUCAGCGUUUUGCGCCAGGGGCACAAUAUCAACUCCAGGCGCUUUGAUCAGAUCCAGGAGGACCUGCACGCCUCAAGCAGUGCCAUCGAGAGGCUGGAGGGCAGCUCUGAAGACGUAGCAGACCAGUAUAAAUUCUUGCAAGAAAUGCGAGGGUAUGUUCGAGACUUGCUUGAGUGUUUCAGCGAAAAGGUGCCGGCCGUCCUGGAGCUGGAGGCAGCCAUGCACCAGUUAUUAAGGCAGCGGGCAUCGCGGCUCGUCCAGAGAAGACAGGAUGAUAUUAAAGAUGAAUCAUCGGAGUUUUCAAGCCAUUCAAGUAAGGCUGUGAUGGCACCCAAUCUUGACCCGUUUGGCCGAGACCGAACAGCCUAUCAAGAGCAGGCCAAACAGAGGCGCAUUGCCGAGCGCGAGGCUAGACGGACGAGGCGUCGGCAAGCCAGAGAGCAGAACGGGAAGAGGGCGGAGCACAAGGAGGGUCUCUCCAGUGACGAUGAGGAGACCUCCACUGACUUCACCAGCUUUACCCUAGAGAAAGAUCACAUUAAUAAGGAGUCUAAGAAGAUCUUUGAGGACGUUGUGGACGACUUCCACUCUCUGGACAGCAUAAAGUCCCGCUUCGAGGUGUGGCGGAAGUUUUACUUCACCUGCUACCGGGACGCGUACAUAGGCCUGUGCCUGCCCAAGCUCUUCAACCCGCUGGUCCGGCUGCAGCUCAUCUCCUGGUCUCCUCUGGAGGCCGAGUGCCCUAACUUUGAGUACAUGCUGUGGUUCGAGUCCCUGCUGUUCUACGGCUGUGAGGAUCACCCCACGUUACAGACAGGAGACAACGACUUCGGCCUGUUACCCUCCAUAGUGGAGAGAGUCAUCCUGCCCAAACUGGCCGUUUUUGCGGAUCAGGUGUGGGACCCCCUCUCAACUAGUCAGACGUCCAGGAUGGUGGCCUUCAUGCACAAACUGAUCAAAGGCUACCCUACAGUCCUCAAUGGGAGCAACACAAACACACAGGAAUUAUUGAAGACCAUUGUGAUGCGGACGAGGCGAACCCUGGACGAUGACAUCUUCAUGCCUCUCUUCCCUAAGAACGUGCUGGAGAAGAAGAACUCUGGGCCCUGCCUGUUUUUCCAUAGACAGUUUUGGACUUGUGUGAAGUUGCUGAGCAACAUCCUCCAGUGGAAUUGCAUCCUGUCUAACUCCAUGCUGAAGGAGCUGGCUGUGGACAGCACCCUCAACCGCUACAUCCUCUCCGCCCUUCAGACCACGGAGCCCGGGGAGGACUGCAUCGAGAAGUGCCGAAGGGUGGUGGAGUGCUUCCCCCCGCAGUGGUUCAGUGGACUGAAGGGGCAGCAGCAGACCCUGCCUCAGCUGGAGAACUUCUGUCGCUACCUGAAGCACCUGGCGGGCGCGCUGUACCGCGUCGGCCUGGGCGGCCUAGACUUGGAGCGCAGGAAUAGCAGGGAACACAUCAAGGAGGUCAUGAAGCUCUUGUGUCGUCUUAACGCUGUUGACCAUGUGAUCGCUAUGGCUACAGAGUAUGGAAUCAAAGACAUCAAGCCCUUGUUGGAGGGCAAGUGAAGAACAAUAGACUGGCUCACCUUGCUAGCUUGCUAGCGGUUUUAAUCAUGGACUAUUGUGUUGGGAGGACUUGGCUGUUGGACUACUCAAAGCUACUGAAGGAUUCCACUCGUCUGGUCAAGUGCACUAGUUACACACUCUUUGUUUCAACACGUCUUGCACCCUGGCCUCACACCGUAGUGUGGUGGAAUUGUACCCUCUGUUUUCCAACAUGCACAUGUUUAUUUUUGGGAUGUGUUUUUACCUUGUGUGACUGAUCGCAGCAGCCUUCUUUUCUCAUUAUAGCACUUGGUUCACCGCAGAGUUGAAACUUUUGCCAAAAUCCUUCCUCAUCCGCUCAACAUUUGUUGGUUCAGAUGCUAUCUGUAUUUUAAUUUUCCUGAUAGAUUUUCAAUGACUAAAUAAAGACUACGGCUAUGCUAAA